GUUGGUUCAGCAUAAACCCCUGCUUGCUAGCUCUCCCCGGUUUGGGCCUAAGUGGAAUCAGCCCAUUUAACGCUCGAUCCAAACAUAGAGGGCAUCCAUGAGACAUGACUCCAUGGCAUAAGAGAUGUCCUCAAUUCGUAUGAACUGCGACAGUGACUCCAAACCAAGACACCGUCGGGUCCUUGUGUAUCUAGUUAAACAAACCAGGGACCUGAUUUGUACACGCGCACCCCAGUUCGGAUCCGGACCCCAUCGCUCAUAAAUAGGUUGCACAUUGGAGGCAAAUGCAAAUUCAUCCGCCCUCGGACUGCCUGUUCACAUCUGAGAGCACGUACCAGUUCCCACGAAUUUCUCAUCCGGAGCCCAUCUUCUGUCGUGGACAUGGCGGCUGGGGUGUCCUCCCUCGUCUUCUGGACGCUGUCUGCUGCAAUCUUUCUCAACUUGGUGGCGUAUCUUGUCGCCCUGCUCCGCGUUACGAUGUGGAACCCUUACAAGCUUCAUCGCAUAAUGAGGCAAAGGGGAUACGGGGGCCCUCCUCUAUCGUGGACAAUGCACAACAGAGACGAAGCCGCAGAAAUUUUCCUGCACUCGAGAACAGUUCUGAAGCCUAUCUUUGGAACCGUUGACCACAACAUCCGUCACCGAGUCCUCCCCCACUAUUUCGAGUGGUCGCGACGAUACGGUAGAAGGUUUGUCUGCUCUCCACGAAAGGCUUCGCAGUGCAUGUUGUGGGCCGGCACCGAAGCAGAAGUUAUCAGGGAGGUCCUCGUCAACUCGAAGACAGGAUUCUUCGGUAAAAGUCAAACGAGUUCUUCUGAUGCUCUUCUGGGACGAGGAGGCUUGGUUCUGGUUACGGACUUUCAUGAGUGGAGCAGGCAAAGACGGGUUGUCAGGCCCAUCUUUUACGCAGGCAAAGUCAAGGAAACAGGCAGCAUAAUGAUGGAGGUUGCUAAACCCUGGCUAGCCGGCCUGGCAAAGAAGGUAGAAGAGAAUGGAGCCUGGACUGAAGUCGAGAUGGUACAGGAGAUUGGGAUGGUGACGAAAGAUAUUCUUUCUCGAGCCGCAUUUGGCAGUGACUAUCUGCAGGGCAGGAAGGGAUUUGAUGGCCAGCAAAAGCUGAAGGUUUUAGAGUUCGCCCAUGGAGGAGCUAAUGCUCUCUUAAGGCGGCUUCCUACCAAAAUUAACAAGGAGAUCCGGAAAACCCGUGAGCUGGUAACAAAAACCCUCACCGAGAUCAUUCAAGAGAGGAGGAGGUCGGUCGAGUCCGGUCAGAGAACGUCAUAUGGCGAUGACUUGUUGGGAGUCAUCUUAACCGACGGCGAGGCCCACAAUGCCAACUCCAAGAACACCACCAAGUGUACAGAUGAGCAAUUGGUCGACCAGUGUCGGACGUUUUUUUUUGCGGGUCAUGACACCGUGCAAGUAUCAAUCGCCUGGACGCUGGUCCUGCUCGCUCAUUAUCCGGAAUGGCAAGACCGAAUACGCCAAGAAGUGUUCGACGUCCUGGGUCAUGAAGACGUCGAGCUCCACGCAGGAACGAAGCUGCACAAGUUCAACCUCCUUCAUCAGUUCGUCUACGAGACCAUGCGACUAUAUCCUCCAGUUCCUCAGAUCAUCCGGCAGGUCGUCAAGGAUGGAGCUACUCUGCUCGGGGAACCCGUUCCCAAAUCUCUGGAUAUACUGAUUGAGCCUUUGUCUGUUCAUCGGAAUCCAGAGUACUGGGGAGCUGAUGCAGAGGAAUUCAAGCCCGAGCGUUUUGCCAAAGGCAUCUCGCAUGCAUGUUCACACCCGUACGCUUAUAUUCCCUUUGGGGCUGGCCCGAGAAUUUGUGUUGCCCAAAAUCAAGCUAUGGCCGAGGUGCUGCUCAUCACCGUCUUGUUUCUGAUGAAAUUCAGAUUCAAGCUCUCGCCUUCUUACAAGCACAGUCCAAUUCACUGCAUCGUUUUGGAACCAUCGUCUGGAGUGCAACUAUUACUGCAAAAGCUGUAAAUACAUCAACAUGGGUACGGAGUCCUCUGAGCCGUGUAAAGACGUAGAAUCUUUCUUACCUCGAAGCUUAAGCAGCACUUAUUUCUUCCCUGCGUACUGGAAACCGUGUACAAUGUUAGUCUCGAGAGCCUGUUACAUAGAGGACAAAAUGUAAAUAAUUAGAGGCGACUCUUUAGGCGACCUUUUAGGCCUUAACUUCGAUCUGAGAUUAGUGCAAGCGGGGAUUUGUCAUCGGACUGUCACAAACUUGAGUGAUGAUGUAUUUCCCUGUGUAAGAUACAAGGCUGACUUCGACGUGUCUGUUACGAGGAUGUAGUCACUUAGGUCUCCUCUCAUGACAGGACAGGACAGCUCUGCAAUGUACAGAAUCAUAAUCAUCCCGGAGAUGUAAAAUUCUUGCCGCUUUCGGGCAUUGAUUUAAAUUGACAAAUACAUGCUUA